AUGGCAAGCCAUACUGGCCCCCCUCUGGUUGUGCCCCCUCUGGUCGUGCCCCUUCUGGUCGUGCCCCCUCUGGUCAUGCCCCCUCUGGUCGUGCCUCCUCUGGUCAUGCCCCCUCUGGUCGUGCCCCCUCUGGUCGUGCCUCCUCUGGUCAUGCCCCCUCUGGUCGUGCCCCCUCUGGUCAUGCCCCCCUCUGGUCAUGCCCCCCUCUGGCCGUGCCUCCUCUGGUCGUGCCCCCUCUGGUCAUGCCCCCCUCUGGUCAUGCCCCCCUCUGGUCAUGCCUCCUCUGGUCCUGCCCCCUCUGGUCCUGCCCCCUCUGGUCGUGCCCACUCUGGUCGUGCCUCCUCUGGUCGUGCCUCCUCUGGUCGUGCCCCCUCUGGUCCUGCCCCCUCUGGUCCUGCCCCCUCUGGUCGUGCCCCCUCUGGUCGUGCCUCCUCUGGUCCUGCCCCCUCUGUCCUGCCCCCUCUGGUCCUGCCCCCUCUGGUCCUGCCCCCUCUGGUCGUGCCUCCUCUGGUCGUGCCCCCUCUGGAGAUCCCUCUGUUCCUGGGGAGCCCAUUGGCCGAGCCCCACAAGGUUCCUGCACUGAGGGGGCAUCACCCAGAAGCCUCUAUGAGAAGAUUCCUGCAGGCCCUCCUGCUCCUCUGCUCCCUGGGGGAGGGACACCCCGGCCCGGCCUGCAGCCUCCAAAGCUGGGACAUGGACUCAUUCUCCCAACCCGGGGAUGUUCUUAUUGGGGGGGUGUUUGUCAUCCACUCUGGCUUUGUAUUCCCACGGCCCACUUUCCAGGAGAUGCCCCAGCCGGCUUCAUGCAAGGACUUCCAGACCCGAUAUUACCGGGACUUUCUGGGCCUGAUAUUUGCUAUUGAUGAAGUUAAUCAUUCUCCUGAUCUUCUACCCAACAUCACCUUGGGCUUCAGGCUGUAUGACUCUUGUAUGUCUGAGCUCCGGGCAACUGGGGGCGCACUAACUGUCAUGUCAGAGAUGAGAAAUCCAGCUCCUGGAUAUGACUGCCAUGAACACUCUCAUGUGGUUGGGAUUGUGGGAGAACUUUUCUCUGCCCUCUCUCUGCCCAUCGCCAGGGUACUAGGGGUCCUACACGUCCCACAGAUCAGCCACGGAUCCACCCUAUCGGCACUGAGCAACAAGAUCAACUUCCCCUCUUUCCUUCGUACUGUGCCCAGUAAUAUGUUCCAGAACACGGCUCUCACCCGCCUUGUUGGCCUCUUUGGCUGGACUUAUGUAGGGAUGCUGGUGGUGGACAAUGAUGUUGGGGAACAAGGGGGGCAGGUUAUUCGAGCUGGCAUAGAGAAGGCUGGCAGCUGCGUGGCAUUUCUGGAGAAGAUCCACUUGAGCUACUCCAUGGCCCAGAUACAAAGGGUGGUGGACGUUAUUAGGAAGAGCUCGGUCAAUGUGAUUGUUCUUCACAGCCCUGAGGUCCAUGUGAAGGUUCUGCUGGAUUCACUGUAUGAUGAGGAGGUGACACACAAAGUCUUCAUUUGCUCAGCUUCUUUUGCUCUUAUUCCUGGUAUCUUCACCAGAAAGGCAUGGAAAGUCCUAAAUGGGACAAUUGGACUGAUUCCUAGCACAGGCGCCAUGCCAGGCUUUGAGGAAUUCCUGGGUUCCCUUCACCCAUCCAGAUACAAUAAAUACCCCUUGAUACGGGCGCUGUGGGAGAAAGCUUUCAGCUGCCGGUGGCCGGGUGGGGAGAUCCAAGGGAACAAGACGGACCCAGCAGUGUUCCUGCCACUUUGCACGGGGGAGGAAGACCUCGGAGGGUUGGUCCCUUCGUUAUUUGAGAUGAAGGACCUCAGUUACACGUAUCAUGCCUACCUGGCGGUAUUUGCCUAUGCCCAGGCUCUGCACUCACUGCUCCUGUGCCAGGCUCCCACGGAGAAGUCUCACUAUGGCACGUGUGGCGAUGCCAGGGACACACAACCAUGGCAGGUCCUCAACUACGUGAAGAGGACCCCUUUCCGCCCCAACACAGGGGAGCCAAUAGCAUUUAAUGCUGACGGAGAUAUCCCAGCGGCCUAUGAAAUUGUCAAUGUGCAGAUUCUCAAUGGCAGUUUUAAUCUGGUAAAAGUGGGGAGGUUUGACCCCGAAGCCGGCGACUCCAUCCUCCUUGAUAUCAGCUCCAUACGGUGGAACGAGAGAUUUAGCCAGGUGCCCCCAUCCAUGUGCAGCACCAACUGCCGCCCAGGUUCCUGGAAAGCCCCCCGGAGAGGGCAGCCCAUCUGUUGCUAUGACUGCAUCCCGUGCCCCCUGGGGGACAUAACCAACACUACAGACGCGGCCGAAUGCUUUACAUGCCCCCGGGACCAGUGGCCCAAUGAGGAGCAGAACAUGUGUGUGCCCAAAGUGAUAGAAUUCCUCUCAUAUCAGGAGCCACUGGGAAUCUUCCUCGCAGUCACAGUCAUCAUCUUCUUCCUCAUAACUCUCUCCAUCCUCUUUAUCUUCAUGAAAUACCGGGGAACCCCAAUAAUCAAGGCCACAAACAGGGAGCUGAGUUUCAUCCUCCUGGUGUCCCUCACCCUGUGCUUCCUCUGCUGCCUCAUCUUCAUCGGUUCCCCUUCCCCAAUGACUUGCCCCCUGCGCCAGACACUGUUCAUGGUGGUCUUCUCUAUCAGCAUCUCAUCCGUCCUGGCUAAGACCAUCAUGGUGAUUGUGGCCUUCAAAGCCACUAAAAUGCACAGUCCCCUGAGGAAAUGGUUGGGACCAAAGAUCCCUCGUACGGUGGUGGCACUUUGCACCACGGCGCAGGUUGGCAUUUGUGGGGCGUGGCUUCUCCUCUCUCCGCCUUUCCCACAAGUGAACGCAGAGAUUGAGAAGCACAAACUGAUACGUGAAUGUCACGAGGGCCAAAGCCUUUUCUUUUAUGUCACUUUGGGCUUCAUGGGCUUCCUGGCAAUGGUCAGUUUCUUUGCUGCUUUCCUGGCACGGAACCUGCCCGGGAGCUACAAUGAGGCCAAACUCAUCACCUUCAGCAUGUUGGUCUUCUGCAGCGUGUGGGUCUCCUUCAUCCCGGCCCAUCUGAGCACCAAGGGCAAGUACACUGUAUCCGUACAGAUAUUCGCCAUCUUGGCCUCCAGCGCGGGGCUUCUGGCCUGUAUAUUUCUGCCCAAGUGCUAUAUUGUACUGCUGCGGCCUGACAGGAACAGCCGGGGGCGUUUAACCAGCGGCGCAAGCAGACAGCACAUUGGUCACAUGGUACAAGAGCCACCAAUAACCAGCAACAGAUAAACGGUGAUGUCAUCUGCUAUAAGUCUUUAGUAAUGUCAUGUGAUCUCAUCAGUAUUAAUAAGACGUUAGUGAUGUCACCUGUUGCUAUGGGCGCUGAGUGACGUUUGUGCCCUUCUGAGCCCCAUGGGAUGUUCCCCCCUAUCUGUAGAGGAUGAAUAUUUAACCUUGAGGUUCUUGUACA